AGUACAGUAAUAUAGAUAGAACCAAUAUAUCGUCAAAGUAUAAGUUACAAAGAGCUAUCGAUAUACAAUUAUACACUACGAUCGUGAAACCCACAGACGUAUACCCUGUUAGUAAACAAAUAAAGCAUAUAACUGAAUAUUUAAAUGUCUCUUUUGGAAGAUGUGUUCCUUCAAGAUGAAGCUAAUGAGGCUCGGGAAUUGGAGCGGGUGAUCGACGGUGACGAGUUUGACGACGAUCAACGGGCAUCAUCACCUGACAGUGAUGAUAAUAGCGCUAAAGGAGACGAAGCCGAGGAAGAUACUAGACGUGUAGAUCCACAAGCCAAAACAAAACGUGUUGUAAGGAAUCCAAGGUUCAUACUGAACCCUGCUCGUCUGACUGGGCCAAGGGGUAUACAAGUUAUACCUGAGCAUUUCAAAGAUUUUAAAUUUAGAGGUAAAGGUCACGAAAAAGAAGAUUUAGAUUUAAUACUCAAAAAACUAGAGCAUUGGGCAUAUAGGUUGUAUCCUAAAUUUGAAUUUGAAGACUGUUUAAAGAAAAUAGAAUCACUCGGCAAAAAGAGACCUGUAAUGGUACAUCUAUGCAAAAUUCGUACAGAUCAGAUUACGUCAGAAGAAACAGUGGUACAGAGGGAUUCCAGUGACGAUGAGGCACCACCACAAGAAGAAGACGAAUUUGACAAAUUACUGCAAGAGCAAAUUGCAUUGGCCAGGUCCACGCCUGCUCCUGAAUCUGUAAAAAAAGUUCGAGACAACCCAAUGAACAUGUCUCAAAUACUACCAAAAGCAACAUCGUCUCCUUCUAUAAACGAAGAACAACGAGAAAGGAUGCUUAGAAAUAGGCAAUUGGCUGAAGAACGGCGUUUGGCUAAGCUCAAACAAAAUGUCAAUGUUGAACAAAAGCGAAUUAAUAAUGAUAAUUUAGAAACAAACAAACAGAUUGAUGAUAUAAACAAAGUAAACAAUGAAGAACAAACACUACAAAAUGCGAAAACACGAUAUAGCGAUGGAAUUGAACACAAUGGUGCAGUAGAUAAUUCAUUACAAAUAAAUAAAAGUUUGAUAGAAAAUCAAACUGUCAAUAAUGAUAAUCAUAAUCUAAAAGAAGCUCUUAACAUAACUAAAGUAUUUGAGCUUCAAACUAAAAAUAGCUCUCAGGAAAAACCUAUGGAAAUUCAUAAUACUGAAAAGGAUACAACAGAAACAAUUGAAAAUAUUGAAUUAUGUGUGCCAAAUGAUUUGAUUGAAGCCAAUAUAAACCAACGAACCGAAAAAGUUACAACAUCUAUUAAUGAUAAUACACAAAUUGAUGAAAUAAAUAAUAUGGAUGAAGUUGACAAAGAAAAUAAUUUAGAUAUUUUAGGAGAUGACUUGCAUAAUAAUGAAAAUAAAGUUAGUAAAAUAAUAGAUCACAGUAAAGAGAAAGAGUUAAUUAACCCCUUAUUAAUUAAUGAUUACGAAAUGGACAUUAAUUUUAGUGAUGAGGAUUUCUAAUGGUUAAAUGAAUAAAAUAGAAAUAUUUUU